CAGUAGGGUACAUGGAGCUAUGUGUCUGGGCGUCCUUUUUCUCAGUUGUUUCGAAUCUGAACAGCCCAAAUCAGAGUCCAAAUCUAUGUCUGACGGGAGGAUAUUAAAAAUUUCUUACUUGGUGGCACUCAUAAUAGCUGCCGUAUUGGGUAUAGUUGCCCUCUCACUGAAUAAGAGCUUUGGAAAAACAAAUAUCAGUAGGACGCAAUGUUCAGACGCAUUUACACUCAUUGGGGUUUUAUUAAUUCUGGGAGCAAUCAUACUGUUUUUGGUUGUGAUGGUUUUUGAUCCCAGUGCCCGACGGACUAUCCUGAUUGUGAUAUUUGUGGCGGCUGCAGUUGGG